AUGCGUCCCACGAAGAAGAAGGCGGCGCCGGAGGCCGGCGCCGCUAGCCUUCGGGAGGACGAGACCGAGGACGGCUGGGUCGUCCUCGCCGGCCCGUCCGGGGCGACGCCGCCGCCGUCUCUCAUGGCGAGGGCCGUGGCGUCCGGCGGCGGCGGCGGCGGCCAGGCGUUCGAGCCCACCGCGGGGGAUAUAGUUAACCGGUACCUGCUGUUGCGCCGGGCUCUGCGGUGCGACGCGCUGCCGGUGCAGAUCCACGACGCGGAUGUCUACGGCGCGCACCCGGCGCUGCUCGCGUCGGUGUACCCGGCGGCGAACGAGCGGUUCGAGUGGUUUUUCUUCGCGUGCCGUCGGCGCUGCCCCGGCGGCCGGCGCAGGGCCGGGCCUGGGGAGUACCGCCUCUUGCAGGAGGCGAAGCACCACCGGGGCAACGCGUACUGCCACUGCUUCCGGUACUACGAGGACGGCGGCGAUGCCGGCGCCAAGGAGACCGAGUGGCGCAUGUCGGAGUUCGGCGAUCGCAGCCGCGGCGGCGGCUGUGAGGACUUCGAGCUGGUCGUCUGCAAGGUCUUCCCGUCGCGCGGCGGGGCGCUCCACGAGAGGCUCGGGGCCGACCGGGUGGCGCUCGCCUCGCGCCGCCGUGACGACGAGGACGCGAAGCCGCAGGUGCUCGUCCAGCUCUACCUGGCCAGCCUCAGCCUGGGGAACCCGCUGGCGUGCCGCAUGCACCACGCCGCCGACGUCUUCGACGCGCACCCGGCGGUGAUCACGGCCGUGCUCCCGGCGGCCAACGACCGGCCCGAGUGGUUGUUCGCCGCCGUGCGCAGGCGCGGGGGCGGGGGCGGGGACGGGGCGGCGCGCCCGCGGAAGGCCGGGCCAGCAGGGGCGUACGUGCCAGUGCGCGAGUGCCGCGUGGUGGACGGGAGGAGCAGGGACAUCGGCUACCGGCUCGUGCUCCGGUACCGGGAGGUCGACGACGAGGCGAGGCGGGUGUCGCCGACGGUGUGGUGGAUGGAGGAGUACGGGUUCGGGCCGGACUUCCCGCACAACAAGCUGCCUGCGCCCAGGCCGCGCGGCGAGGACGAAGAGCUGGUGGUGUACAAGGUCUACCCGAAAUUGGUCGGUGCCCGUUGAUAACUCGCAUAUACAUGUCUGCAGCAACCUCAGAAUUAGAGUAAAGUUGAAUCGAAAUGUCUUAACAAUUCGAACAAACAAAACCCAGUUGAAUCGAAAUAUCUAACAAUCCGAACAAACCAAACCAAGCAGGUUGUUAGGGUGUGAUUUUUUUUGGUUUCCCAAACAAUCUGCAGUCGCGGUCAUUCACAAUUUGUAAAAGAGUACUACAGUUCACAGUUGUAACCAAGCAGUCGUGCGUUUGCCGUUUUGCGCAUCAGCGCAUUUGUCUUGUUGGCUUCAUCCUGACUUCCUGUACGGUAUGGUAUGGAGGUAUGGUGUCUCAACAUUUAUAGCUGCUUUCAUUUUCGGCACAUAUAAUCGAGGAAGACACGGUCACACGGACUGCA